AUGGGCACCCCCCGCGCCCUGCCAGGCCCCUUCCCGGCCGCCCCCUCCGCCCGGUCCCGCGGCACUUCAACCCCCCCCGGAGGCUAUUUUUGGUGCAAAACCCCGAAGUUCGGGCAGGGCCGGCCCGGCCGGGCCCCCCGAGAGGCUCCGCCGGGGGCAGGGCAGGGGCGGCCGCGGCCCCCGCGUCUGCCAGGGGGGACACACGGCGGUGCCACCGCGGGCCGAGAGGGGACCGGGGGGACAACCCGGCAGUGCCACCGGGCCCCGCUGCCCUUCAGCCGCCCGCGCGGCGCUCAAGGACACGGCGGCGCCGCGGGGGCCGGGCCGGGCCGCGCCGCCACCCCCGCCCGCACGGCCGGGCCGAGCGGGGCCGGGCCGGGCCGGGCGGGGGCGGCGCGGGCCCGGGGGGGCCCAGCGGGCCCCGUCCUGCCGUGUUUUCCUGCCGCGGGCCCGGGACGGCGGAGACACCGCGGCGGUACCGGGGCCGCCCCGGACCGGGCCGAGCGCUCCGGAGGGACCCGAACCCCCCCGGGAGAACCCGAACUCCGGCCGGGGGCACCCAAAGCCCCGCCGGAGGGAGCCGAGCCCCUGCCGGGGACACCCGAACGCCGCCGGACGCCCCGGCCGAGCCGAACCGGCCGGAGCCGAACCCCCCCGAACGCGGCAGCCGAACCGAACCGAACGGAGCCGAGCGGAGCCGAGAGUGCCCGAGCCGAGCGGGGCCGAGGCUGCCGCUCCCGGUGUGCCCGUGUCCCGUGUCCCGCGUCCCGGUUACCUGGGCCGGUGCGGGCCCGGCGCCGAGCCCCGCCGAGCCGUGCCGAGCCCCGCCGAGCCGCCGCCGCCGCCGCUGCGCUGCCCGGCCAGGCCUCCUCCCGCAGCGCCGCCGCCUCCACUGCAGCACCGAGCCCGCCGCGCGGUCCUAGAGCCCGCCGGCCGCGCCCGCCGCGGCACCGCACGGCACCGCACGGCACGGGCACAGCACGGGCUGCACCGCGGCCGGGGGGCCGGGCCGGGGGCCGGACAGACCGCCCGGGCUCGGCUUUGCUAAGCUAA